AUGAUGAUCUUCUUCAGACUCGCAGCUCUAGUUGGGGCAGCAUCUCUUUGUCUUGGCUGCUGGCUGAUGCCAACAAUCGAUCAAAUAGAUUACUGCUUUGCUGAUAUUGCUUUUACCGUGGAAAGGAAAGAGGGCAAAAUUAAUAUGACUGCAGUUGAGUAUGAUUAUGAUAUCAAGACUAUGUACAAGGGUAAUCCAAAGGGUAGAAAACUAAUUGGUCGCGGAGUAGCAAGUUCUUGUGGGCCGGAAGUCCUUGAUCUAAAUACCAUCUACCUAAUUUAUGCUAAAACUGAUGAUAAAGGUGACUUUCUGAGAAUAUUGUCUUACAAAAAGAUGACUGAUGUCACAUAUGAGGACAUUGAACGGAUGGAGAAUUAUUACGACUGUAGCUGCGAGAUCAGCUUUAACAAUUUCGCCCCUGUCAUCGGACCGCCGGGAUGGCCUUCUAAUGGUCUGUCUGAUCCAGUUAAAGAGAUGAAAGAGUGUAAAGUACCGUUCAACUACUGUCGUAGAAGCGGGUACUGUAAGAAUAUUGAAGGGAAAUGUACCUGGGGUAACCAUGGCGCAUGUGACUGA